AUGAUCGACCUCAUCCACUUCCAGACCGACAAGGGGGGCAACCCCGAGGUCGUGCGCGAGUCGCAGCGCAAGCGUGGCGCGCCCGUCGAGAUUGUCGACGAGGUGAUGGAGCUCUUCAACCAGCACAAGGCCGCCCAGUACGAGAUGGAGAGCGAGCGCCGCGCCGUCAACGCUCUCCAGAAGGAGAUUGGCACCAUCAAGAAGGCCAAGGGUGACGCUACCGAGCUCCUCGCCAAGAAGGCCGAGCACGACAAGAAGAUUGUCGAGCUCACUGCCUCUGCUGCCGCCCUCGCCAAGCAGCGUGACGCCAAGGCUGCUAGGAUAGGCAACAUUGUCGACCCCACUUGCCACGUUUCGCUUACCGAGGACGACAACCCGGUCCUGCGUUUGUGGCACCCCGAGCCCAACCACAAGGGCAACUCGGAGGAGCUCACUGUCGAGGACAAGCAGACCGACAUUCUUCCCCACCACGAGGUCCUCUACCGCCUCGAGGCCUUUGACACUGAGCGCGGUGCCAAGAUCAACGGCCACCGUGGCUACUUCCUCACCAACGACGGUGUCGACCUCAACCAGGCGCUGAUCAACUACGGUCUCGACUUCCUCCGCAAGCGCGAGUACAAGAAGAUCCAGGCUCCCUUCAUGAUGCGCAAGGAGAUCAUGGCCGCCACUGCCCAGCUCGAGGAGUUUGACGAGGCUCUGUACAAGGUCUCGGCCAACGACGGCAACGAGGAGAACGACCGUUACCUCAUUGCCACUUCGGAGCAGCCCAUCUCGGGCAUGCACUCUGACGAGAACAUUGACCCCAAGUCGCUUCCUAUCCGCUACGCCGGCUACUCGACCUGUUUCCGCAAGGAGGCCGGUUCGCACGGCCGCGAUACCUGGGGUAUUUUCCGUGUCCACCAGUUUGAAAAGGUUGAGCAGUUUAUCGUCUGUGAGCCCGAAAAGUCGUCCGAGAUGCUCCACUCGAUGGUCGAUGUCUCGCGCGCGUUUUACGAGUCGCUCGGUAUCCCUUACCGCGUCGUCAACAUUGUCUCUGGCGGCCUGAACAACGCCGCCUCGAUCAAGUACGACCUCGAGGCCUGGUUCCCCUUCCAGGGCGAGUACAAGGAGCUCGUCUCGUGCUCCAACUGCACCGACUACCAGUCGCGCUCGCUCAACGUCCGCCUGGGCUACAAGAAGGCCGACGCCAAGACUGGCUUUGUCCACAUGCUCAACGGUACGCUGUGUGCCACUGAGCGCGCCAUGUGCUGCCUGGUCGAAAACUACCAGACCCCCGAUGGUCUGCGUAUCCCCGAGGUCCUCAGGCCUUACAUGCAGGGCCGCGAGUUUAUCCCCUUCACUGCCGAGCUGCCGACCAAGACGACCUCGAAGAAGGAGGCCGCCUCCAAGAAGAAGUAG